ACCAAAUUGACUAUGUUGUUGAUGGGUCUGAGCUGAAGGGGAGGUACAGUAGCACCUGAGCUGUCGCCUAGAGGCGGAUAGUAGAUACAAUACGGUAACCAGGGACGGAGCCUAUGUUGUUGAUGGGUCUGAGCUGAAGGGGGAGUAGGUAGCACCUGAGCUGUCGCUGUGAGGCGGAUAGUAGACACAAUACGGUAACAGCUGAAGAGCCUGGUGGAGCAGGAAAGCAGUAGCAGUCUUGGCGUGUCCCCGCCUCUCUCCCUUGUGUCUGCUCAGUGCUGGCCGCUUUGUAAUGGUCGGGGGAGAGUAGAAGAGCCCGGCAGCCUCCACUUAGGGGCUAUGCACGGGGGACCUCCGCCUGCAGGAGGGAGAAGUGUGAGAGGACGGAGCCGUGUGGGUGUCAGAGCUGAGAGGGGGACAGGCCCCUGGAGGGACCCGGAAGUAGAAGACAACUAGGAGAAGUGUGUAGUUGUUGUGCUGUAUGGGCAGACGGGCACCGGGGAUGGGGGAUCAGCAUGACGAGCUGCAGCACACCCAGCACAUCGCCAGCAGUGAGGAGGAAGAAGAAGAGGAGAAGGAGGAAGAAGAAGAGGAGGACGGGGGCUCAGACAGGGGUGUGCGGGCAGACCCCUAUCCUGGCAGUGGGGAGCCUCAGGAACAGGUGGAGAAUGCGGGCACCCCUCCGAUAGAAGACAGAGGAUCUGCGGGCCACAAGCCGAAGAAGCGAUGCGGCGUCCUUUGCACUGUAUACUGCGUGGAGAGUGACUUGUCUGGGGACAUCCCUCCUAUGUACACCGGGGAGAUCCGCACUAUGACCGAACCUCUUUCCCUCAGCUCCUUACCCCGGAUCAAUGGGGAGCUGCCCCUUAGUCCUGCCAGCCUGGAGCUGGAACUUGCCCCCUUCCUGAUUAGCAGCCUAGGGGAUGGCGGACACAAAGUCAUGAUGAGCUGCCGGGUAUGCUUGGAGGACAAGUCCAUCAAACCUCUUCCCUGCUGCAAGAAAGGGGUCUGCGAGGAGUGUCUCAAGAGGUAUCUCAGCUCCCAGGUGCAACUUGGACAAGUGGAGAUUAAAUGCCCCAUAACUGAGUGCAAUAAACAUCUGGAUGAAUCCACCAUCUUAUACAGCCUGCCACACGAUGACAUCAUCAAGUACAAGUACUUCCUGGAACUUAGCCACAUUGACUCCAGCACCAAGCCCUGCCCGCAGUGCAAGCACUUUACGGCCUUGAAAAGGAAGAGUCACAUUCCAACACCGACCAAAGCCGAGAGCAAGUUCAAAAUUCAGUGCCCGUCUUGCCAAUUUGUAUGGUGUUUUAAGUGCCAUUCUCCCUGGCAUGAAGGUGUUAAUUGUAGAGAUUACAAGAAAGGGGACAAGCUAUUACGGCACUGGGCCAAUGAGAUUGAACAUGGGCAAAGAAAUGCCCAGAAAUGUCCUCGAUGUAAGGUCCACAUUCAGAGAACAGAAGGCUGUGAUCAUAUGACCUGUUCCCAGUGUAACACUAAUUUCUGCUACCGCUGUGGGGAGAGAUAUCGUCAGCUGCGCUUCUUUGGUGAUCACACGUCAAACCUCAGUGUAUUUGGAUGCAAAUACCGCUACCUCCCCGAGAGACCGCACCUAAGGAGAUUAGUGCGAGGCUCUGUUUGCGCCGGCAAGUUACUCAUUGCACCCUUGCUCCUUGUCCUAGGUUUGGCUUUGGGAGCCAUUGCAGUUGUAGUGGGGUUAUUUGGAUUGCCUAUCUACUGCCUUUGUAAAAAGAAACGGAAAAGGACACGGACGGGUAUGCCGUGGUAAGGAUAGGGGACCGCCUAAAGCUUGAAACAGACCUGUGGGGGGUAAUACUGUGUACUGGAGAGUUUUAUCAUCAAAAAAACGCUGAAUUCUAGAAGAUGGACUGUAGAGCACAGUACCAUUUGAUGCUUUGCUUUCCGUACCACCCCCAAAGGCAGACCAUAAAGCCACCUCUUCAUGGUGCACUCCCAGCUGGAUAUGCCCAGAAUUGCUGCUUCUUUUUUAUUUGUAUGUUUAUUUUGGAACAUUAUUUGAAUUGCCAUUCCCUUCCUAGAAGUGUAGGCUAAAGACUAGAUUCCCAUUGGUUAGACAAUCAAAUGAGCACUUUGGUUGGAACGUGAAGUCUUGACAAAUCCCAUCUCUCCUCCUAAAGCCUUUGUCAAAGAACUGAUCUGUGUAAGAAAAAGUGCAGUACCAGUUACUGAAGAAAUCUUUCAGAAUCCUGUCAUUUUACAGAGAAAACUUGGUCAGUCAUCAUCAG